AUGGACUCCAAAAGCUACGAACCCAGCAAGGAAGUGGGUGUGGAAGUGAUGGGGUCCAAAGAAGCCGCCUCUACAGAGGUUGAGGUGAAGGAGAUGAGUAAAGACGAACAUACUCUCGCCUCGUUGGGGUAUCGUCAGGUCUUCGUGCGAAGCUUGGGUUUAUUCGAGAACUGGGCAGCGACCUAUACAACCAUGAACUUCGUCAGCGGCAUGCCCGUACUCUUCGGCUUCGCCAUGUACACUGGUGGCCCACAGGCGGCAUUCUCAAACUGGAUCAUGGUGGGAGGUCUGAGUCUGCUUGUAUCGCUGUCCAUGGCAGAGAUUGCUGCCGCGUUGCCGACUGCGGGCGGGAUAUACUUUUGGGCGUAUCGACUGGGAGGCGAAGAGCACGGUCCGCUGUUGAGCUGGCUCACUGGUGAAGCAGCCCGAAAACGAAUGAAUCCUACCCAGCGUGACUGA